AAAAAAAGGUAUAAAGGUAAACACAUUUUACCGAAUGUCGGGUAUAUUUCGUAAAACGUUAAAUAUCUGCCUUUUCCAAAAUACUAUUUGUGAAUACUUUAUCUGCAGGACGCCGAAAAUCGUAAAAAUGCCAUUUUACGCCGUUGCAAGAGGUCGGAGCACAGGUAUUUAUCAUUCAUGGGCUGAUUGCGAAGCCCAAGUUAAAGGUUUCUCUGGAGCCAAAUUCAAGAAGUUUGAUACUGAAUCAGACGCUAAUGACUUUAUCCGAUCUAAUUCUAACGCUGGCAACAAUGGAAAUAAAUCCACUUAUAAUAAUUAUCAAAGCGGCACCAAUAAAAAUCUUAAGAGAUCUUAUGGCACGUCGUCCAAGAAUAACAAUUAUUAUCAAAACAAAAGCUCUUCGUGGACCAAUGAGGCUGAUUCCAAUUCAUCUGAAGAUGACCUAGACGUAAUAUUAAAUAAGCAAAUGGACGAUUUAGAAAAACGAGUAAACAAUUUUGCUAAAGGCAUAGAUAAGAUAAGCAAAUCUGCUGCUAAAGGUUCCAGUGCCCAAGCUAAAAAAACUAUUUUAAUCGAACCACCACAGCCAAAAAAAUAUAAACAUGCUGAAACUAUUGAGUUUGAAAUAGAUGAUGAAGGUUAUGUACAAGUGUACACAGAUGGUGCUUGUUCGGCCAAUGGCAAACAGGGAGCUCGAGCUGGUCUCGGAGUGUUCUGGAGCGACAGCCACCCACUCAACAGGAGCCAGCCAGUGUCUGGCCGAGCCACCAACAACUGUGGUGAGAUCCAAGCAGCAACCCUCGCCAUCAAGAUUGCUCUCCAAAAUCGAAUCACAAAACUAACGAUUAAUACAGAUUCACAAUUCCUCAUCAAUGCAGUUACCAAAUGGAUACCUGGUUGGAAACGAAGAGGAUGGAAAUUAGCAUCUGGAGAAGCUGUAAAAAACGAAAUAGAUUUCAAGGAUCUAGACAGUGUUAUGCACAAACUUCUACUUAAAUGGAACUAUGUGAAAGCUCACAAUGGAAAACAUGGCAAUGAGAUGGCUGAUAGGUUAGCUAAAGCUGGAGCAGCCAUGUACAAUAAAUGAUAGAAUGAUUAAGAUUGAUGCUUUGACCAUGAUGAUUGUUAGUAUCUAUUGUUACACAUGUACAAUAAUGAUAAUGACAUUGUAUAUGUUGCAACAGGCGUUGGGCUGUGCCCAAAUUUAUGUUGGCCACAGUAUUUCGGCACAAAUCAAGCUGCUGAGCACUGUUAAGCAUAAGCAGGCUGACUAUUGAAACACUAAAAAGCAGAGGAAAGAUGUUGAUCAAAACUAUUUUUUAUGGACUCUCACAAUUCUGAUGUACCUACCUAGUACCUAUUAAUAGUUAAUUACUUGUUUAAUAUAGGAAUGAUUUGCUAGUUCUUUCAUGUUAAAUGUUAUGUUUAAGCCAAUUUUGUUAAUUAAUUUAAAAAUACAUUUUAGAUUGAUUUACUGACUAUGUAUUUUGUUAAUUUAGUAAUUAAUUACUUUCAAUUGUAUUAAUUAAAAUUCUAACAGAUUUAAUUGUUGCUUAC